AUGUUCUUCUGCAUCCCCCUCGUCUGCGGACUCGACACCAAACUCAAACCGGACCCCUCCUCCGCCUCCAACGGGCCCCUCGAGUGCCCGCGCUGCCGCAACCACUCUCUCCAGCCAUUCAAGCGCAGGCAGUGGUUCAGUUUCUUCUGGAUCCCGCUGGUGCCGUUCAAGGCUAAGCAUAUCUUGUUCUGCGGAAUCUGCCAAUACUCCGCCCUCGCCCCUUCCUCCUCGAACUCCGCCGACUCGAAGCACCCCAAUACCGGCGCAGCAAGCUCGCAAUACGCUCCACCCUCAGGCGGGGGAUACGAUGUGGGAUACGUCGGAGGCGAGCAGCGGCAGGGGGCAAAGGCGUGA